AUGAGCCACAUCCUGCCUGCUCUCCCUUUAGCCCUCUGCCUUCAUCCUCAGCCCAGCAUAGCCCAUAGUCCCCCUUUACCCAUCAGUCUGUCACCUUUAGCCCAUAGCCCGGCGUCCAUCACCCAUCAGCCCCUCAGCCUCAGCCCCUCAUCCAUCAGCCAAUCAGUCCACCUUCAGCCCUCAGCCCAAAAGGCCCCUCAGUCUGUCAGUCCUUCAGCCCUACCCAUCAGUCCUUUAGCCAUUGCCCAUCGUCCUUCAGGCCCUCGUCCUCAGCCCCUAAACGUCAGUCCUUCACCCCCAUCCCCAGUCCUUCACCCCCCAGCCCAUCAGCCUUCAGCCCCAGUCCUUAGUCCUUCAUCCCAGGCCCUCAGUCCAUCCCCAUCAGUCCAUCGCCCUACCCUCUCCAUCAGUCCUUCAGCCCAUCGUUUUCAGUCCCGCCCCGUCCAUCACCCGCGCCCUCAGUCCCCAGCCCAUCAGCCAUCACCCUUCCCCAUAGUCCAUCGUCCUUCACCCCCCAGCCCUCGUCCUUCACCCAUCAGUCUGUCAGCCCAUCAUCCAUCACCCUUUCACCCCAGCCCAUCAUCCCCCAUCAGCCUUCCGUCCUUCGGGCAUAGUCCACACCCAUCGCCGUCAGCCCAGCCCUCCCAUCAGCCCUUCAGCCCAUCUCUGUCAGCCUUUCAGCCCCACCCAUCAUCCCAGCCCAUCCCACAGCCAUCAGCCCGCACCCCAUCAGUCCUUCAGCCCAUCGUCCAUCAGCCCUCAGUCCCCCCAUCACCCCAUCGUCCUUACCCCGUCCCCUCGUCCUUACCCUCAGCUUUCAGCCCAUCACCAUCAGCCCAUCAUCCUUCAGCCCAAGUCCAUCACCCAUCAGUCCUCAGCCCUUUAGCCUUUUCCAUCACCCUCAGUCCUUCCCCCCAUCAGUCCUUCAGUCCUCAGCCCACAGUCCACACCCUUCCCCCAUCACCCUUUCAGUCCUCACCCAUCAGUCUGUCGCCUUCCCCCCCCAGCCCAUCGCCCUUUCACCCUCAGCCCAUCACCCCUUUCCCCCAUCAUCCUCAGUCCAUUAGCCCAUCACCAUCACCCUUCGUUGUCACCCCGCCGCCCAUCAGUCCAUGCCCUUCACCCCAUCACCCAUCAGCCUUCACCCCGUCAGCCCGCAGCCCAUUAGUCCGUCAGCCCUUCAGCCCAUCAGUCCUCAUCCUACCAUCAGUCCACACCCAUCAGCCCAAGGGCCCAUCGCCUCACCCCUUUCCUGUCACCCCGUCAGCCCUUUAUCCGCAGUCCUUCAGCCCCAGCCCAUCAUCCUGGGGCCUCACCCCAUCACCCAAGCCCAUCAGUCCUCAUUUUAUCAGCCCCAUCAUCGUCAAAUAA